AAGAAGCAGCUCCUAUGCGAGCUCCUUCUGGGCCCAGGACUUUUUUCGCGGGGCAGGGACGCCCAAUAGCAGGCGAGUGGCGCAUUCGGUGAGGCCUGUCAGUCCGUCGCGAGGGGCAGAAGGAGCUGUCGGCGGCUUCCGCGGCGUGCGGGGACCUCGGCAUUCGGCCGGAGGACCGUUGGGAAGGCCGCGCUUGGCCUUCACGGGGGCUUUAGCCCUCUGGUUUGUUGGGGGCCCUCACCCUGUUGUCUUGGGCUUGGGGGGGGUGGCCAUAGCUGGGUGGUGCGAGCGUCCUCUGUGUGCUGGCAUCUAUUCUGGGUGGUGGCCAUAGCUGGGUGGUUGAUUCCCACUGCGGGUUGGCAACUAAUAUUCUGGGUGGUGGCCAUAGCUGGGUGGUUGAUUCCCACUGCGGGUUGGCAACUAAUAUUCUGGGUGGUGGCCAUAGCUGGGUGGUUUAUUUUCCACGGGGGGUGGCAGCUUUUAUUCUGGGUGUUGCUGGUCCUUGGUGGGUUGCUGAUUGCUAGCUGGUUUUUCCUCUUUCUUCUUGAGAGGCUGUGAGGGUUUUUCCUGCUCCUUGGGGCAGGCGCAGUAUUUUCUCCCUUAACUCUCCAGGUUGUUUGUUCAGCCUUUUCACUCAGGGGCAGGAGGGGUUCAAAAUGCCCAGGAAGGCGAAAAAAAAGAAAGGCGGGUGGCCCAUUAGACAGCCCAAGCGGCCUGCACCUCCGCCUUCUUCCUCUGAAGAGGAUGAUGAAGAAAUGGUUCUCAUUAGGGGCCUGAUUAAUAGAAUGGAAGUGCUCAAGAAGGCCAAGGCGGUUCCCUCUGACAAGGGUGCUGGCCCUUCUGGGGUGGUUGUGCCUACCAAGGUUCCUUGUCACACAUGCGGUACCGCCAGGACCCAGUUAGUAAAGUCUCUUUCCAAUAGGAUGGAAGUGCCUGAGAAAGGUGGGGGCCCUGCUGGCCCAGUUUCUCCCACAGAGCCAGUUGAUCCUGGGAUGCUGAUGCCUGGUGGUCCUGUUCCGGUGCUACCUUCGCCUGGGGUUCCUCUGCCUCCAUUGCCAGUGGAUCCUGUUCCAGUGCUGCCCUCGUCUGUGGUUCCUCUUCCUCCAUUGCCAGUGGAUCAGUCUGCUUUGAACUCAGCCGUCCCGUUGGCACCGGGCUCCUCCUGGAUCCGCUAUGACGAAAGUUUCCGCAUGUGGGCUGCUCUGGACCCCACCCUACCAUGGGAUAUGCCCCUGCAGGAGUUUUGGCUGGUGAACAAGUUCAGGGAGUUAGCACCCGAAUCAGCACUGCACCCGGAGCCUAUGCCUGCCUUUCUGUGGCAUCUUGGCAGGUAGAAUCCCAGCUUGCCAUAGCGGCUUCAUUGGCACCCAGCACCAGGGCGAGUUAUACGUCCAAGAUUGAGGCUUUUUCCCUUUUUCAGAGGGCUGAAGGCCUGGUGGAGGUUUGGCCGGUACCGGUUAGUCAUUUACAGUAGUUCCUGGUGCUCCUCCAUAGGGCGGGGCGUGCUGUGUCUACCUUAGGAGGUUAUCUUGCUGCUUUGGCAUUUGAGGCCCAGGACAGGGGGGUUAAGGAUUACUCUGGUGAUCCUCGGGUGAGACAUAUGUUGGAGGGUUGGUCCAGAGGGUGUCCUGCGGGAGCAGACGCUAGAUGCCCAUUUACCUUGGAAUUGGUAGCCGUCCUGCUCGGGCAGUUGCCGGGCUGCUGUGGGGCCCCCUGGGAAGUCCCGCUUUUUCGGGCAGCGGUAUUCGUUGCCUUUUUUGGUGCUUUCCGGCCUGGGGAGUUAUUGCCAAGGAACAAGGGCUCUUCUAGGGACUGCUGCCUGCGGUUUUCUGAUCUGUCCUUUUCGGAUGGGGAGGCGCAUUUGUUUUUAUGCCGUUCCAAAACUGAUCAGAAGGGUAAGGGACAUGUUAUCCGCUUGGCGGCUGCCAACAAUCCUUCACUUUGUCCAGUGACUGCCUUGCGGCAAUACCUGGAGUUAAGGGGGCUGUUUGUUUGUGCAUGAGGAUCAGACCCCCCUCACUCAAUAUCAAUUUCUGGCAGUCAUUCAGAAGGCCUUGCUUGCAGCCAGGGACCCUGUGGAGGGACUUACCUUGCAUUCAUUUUGGAUCGGGGCCGCCACCACUGCUACUCGCAUGGGAUUGCAAGAGGACAUUGUCCAGAGGAUAGGGCGAUGGAAGUCCAAAGUGGUCAGGCGCUACGUGUGCUGAAUGCUGGUAGUAUAUACUGAUACUGAUACACUGUUUUUCUUGGCAGGUGCUGGUGGAGCAGCAGCUCCUGUUCGGGUCCUGGUGUGUGGCCAUUCGUUGGUAUUUUGGGCCUUCAAGCGGACCAGCACCUCCCAGUGGGGCACUCAGUUGGGAUUUGGAAAGAGGGCCUUGGUUUAUUGGUUGGGUAUGCGGGGUAUACUGUGGGGCCAGCUGCUCCCCGCCAUUCAGGACCAUUUAGCUAAGUUCCCUGAGCCCGAUAUUAUUGUUAUUCAUUUGGGCGAGAAUGAUCUAGGCAGGCGGACUGGUCUCUCUCUCGUUCAGCAAGCCUCUUCCGAUCUCGCGAUUUUGCAGGGUUGGAUACCUGGGAUUCGUAUAUUAUGGGUUAAUUGGUUGCAACGCAGGGUCUGGCAGGGGGUUCAGAAUGUGUUGGGCAUUGAGAAGGCUCGGUGUAAAUCUUCCACAGCAAUAGGGAAACUGGUGAGGGCAGCAGGGGGUGAGGUUUUGCGACAGCCUGGGCUGUCUGCCCGUUUCCCGGAGUUGUUUCACCCUGAUGGAGUUCACCUUUCCGAGGUGGGAUGUGACCUGUAUCUUAGCAACAUUCGGAAACGGCUUGCUGAGUUUGUGGAGAGGUAUGGGGCAGGGAGGUCAAGCUAGGCUAACCUCCCUGGGUGGCAGUAACAGUGCGGGCGGGGUGGUAAUUUGAGGGAUAGAACAUCGGUGAGCACCCUUGGAUAUUUAAGAGGUGGAUUGGUCAAUCACUCCUUUGUGGUCUGUGCGGCACGGGGAGAAUGGAUUGCCAUGAAACCAGCUUCAGGACUUCACCAACUUUGGGCUGAGCGGUCCGGGGUGGGUGAAGACCUUGAAAUGUCCAGAUCCUCUCUUACUAAAGGGGGGGGGGUUGGCUUUGAAGGAAUUGGUCUGGGGAUACUUGCCCAUUUCCCGAGCCAGGGUGUAUCGCCCAGUAGGGUGCUGGGUAGGACGUCAGAGUCCUAACCUGGUCCUAGUAGGCCCGCACUGUUCUCUAAGGGUGAUUAAUCACCUGGUGCUCCAGUCCACCAUGUCUUGUUGUUCCAGUUAAUAAAGUUG